AUUAUGAACUUUCCCCUUGUUUUAACAGAUCAAUAAUGGUCCAACACAGCAUCCCAGAACUUAGUAGAUAUUGGGUGGAGAAUGGGGUGAAAGGGGUGAAGUAGAGGAAGCCCCUCUAGUAAGAUAGAAGAGAAGCCAAAGAAAACAUUUCAGAACAUUUCAGUUAACAUUAAAUGCUUGAAAAAAGUAGUUCAUUUAAAACAUACACAUGACAAGACACAAUUUGAGAUGCGUGGACUUUUACGUGGUACUUUAUAUUGUGCACUAUGGUACAGCAGCAUAGUGGCUGGUUUUCUAUUUAUUGCUUGCCCUAUGUUACCACUGUUAUUUUUUAGUCCUCCAAAGUUUCGAAAAUGUGGUGAUCUAUUACUUUCUUGUUGGGAACUUUAUUCCACAGCUCUUUUAAAAGUAUUUGGUGUAAAAAUUUUGGUAUCAGGAGACCAUAUAUCUCCAAAUGAAUCUGCUGUUCUUGUAAUGAAUCAUAGAACACGGGUGGAUUGGAAUUUUUUGUGGGCUGCAAUGUAUCAAGCAUGUUUACCUAAUGUAGCAACUCAUAGAUUAAAAUUUGUUUUAAAGGAUCCUAUACGACAUAUUCCAGGACCAGGAUGGAUAAUGCAAAUGUAUGGUUUCCUUUAUAUAACUCGUCGCUGGGAAGAAGAUCAAAACCGUUUGUCACGUACCUUGGAUUAUUUAGUGGCUCUUGAUAGGCGCUCUCAAUUACUUAUAUUUCCUGAGGGUACUGAUCUAACAAAAAACAGCAAAGAGAAAUCUGACAAAUAUGCCAUGCAACAUGUUCUGCCACAAUAUUCUUUUACUCUUCAUCCAAAAACAACAGGAUUCAGUUAUUUAGUUCGACAUCUUCAACAAGCAAGUUAUCUCAAUGCUGUUUAUGAUUUAACGAUUGCAUAUCCUGAUUAUAUUCCACAAUCUGAAUUAGAUUUGAUCAAAGGAAAAUUACCAAAUGAAGUACAUUUUCAUAUUAAACGAAUACCAUCAUCGGAUGUGCCAACAGAUGAUUUAACAUUAAGGCGAUGGUUAGAAGAAAAGUGGUUUAAUAAAGAAGAAAUCUUAAAACAAUUUUAUGAAAAGAAAACUUUUCCUGCUGAAAUUUGGCCGUUAACAAAAUUACGUCCUUUGCAUAUCGCCUUUAGUUUCUGGAGCAUUCUAACAGGAUGUAUGAUAGUUUUACUUAUUAUUUCACCAGUAUUCCAAUUAUGGACACUGGUACAUUCAGUUUUUUUUAUUGCUCUAUCAUUUUUUACUACUGGUUUUAAUCAACUUGAAAUGGGAUGGUAUUGGCGUUGGAGAACACACUUCCUUACAAAAAACAUAUGAUUAAUAAAAUUUUAAACUAUUUAAUGCAAA